UCUGUCAACAACGCUUAGGUUAAGUUUGUUAUGUAAAUUCAUUUCAAUAUAAAUACAAUUAUUGUUUGCAAUAUAACAAAUUUCAAACCAGUGAUGUAUGGAUUUUAAUUUAAAUCUUUAUUGAAGUAAUUGAGGAAGAAGCAAUGAAGACAAUAGAAGGAAAAGUCGUGGUUUUGGGAUCUCAAGGUGUUGGCAAAACUAGCAUGGUUGUUCGGUACAUUGGGAAGAUGUUCAGCCAUCAUAUAAGUCCUACUAUUGGGGCAUCGUUCUUCACUUGUAAGAUAAAUAUUGAAGACACAAGGAUAAAAUUACAGGUUUGGGACACAGCCGGGCAAGAAAGGUUCCGAUCCAUGGCUCCAAUGUAUUAUCGUAAUGCCAAUGCAGCCAUUUUAGUUUUUGACAUUACACAUUACUACACGUUUACAUCAAUCAAAUCCUGGGUCAAAGAACUCCAAAGGAAUGUGGACGAGCCAUUGGUUCUGUGUAUUGUAGGCAACAAAACAGACUUGGAACAUCAACGUAAAGUAACAAAGGAAGAAGCCAUGCAGUAUUCUCAGUCUAUUGGAGGAACGUACUUUGAGGUGUCAGCACUUAAUGAUCUAGGAAUAGAAGAUGUGUUUCUUAACACUGCUAUGGGUUUGAUCAACCUCAGUAAAGACUCCUUAGUGACUAGCCUAAGGGUGUACGACUCCAAUGAUCGGCCUGAGCCUAACAGUGGUAGAGGUUACGGUACAACCACUAUCUCAGCCCAAGACCACGUAGCUCAUGCCGAGACAGCAAAGUCACCAUUGUGUUGCUGAACCAAGCGAAUCUCCUCUUCUUAUCAUUUGACAUGCUGAUUCGUUGGUCCGCUUAUUCUAAGGUAUUUCGUGAAUUUUGACCAGACUUUCGGAUAGAGAAAUCUGUAUUUAUAUACUAUUCGGAGAAGUUGUUUGGUUGUUUGGUAGGAGAAACAAAAAUGUCUGACUCUAAUUGCCCCAAUCUCUUCCAUAUUGAGUUUGACCAAUUACAAAACUCAGUUUUGUGGUUUGAAAAGAAAAUGGUCAUAAAAUAGAAGGCUAGAAUUAUCUACAAUAAUGUGAUAAGUGCAAUUAUAAUGUAUAGUUUGGUUAGUUUUAUUACUCAUUAAUUGUUCUCUUUCAUACCUUGUGGAUCAAUUAUUCAGAUGGUGAAAAUGAACGAAAUCUUAUUGUUACUGUGUAAUCUCUGUGAGUCUGCAAGAUCUUUGUUGAGUCGAGAUCAAACCGAUUUGUUCACACUUAGUCUACUAGCCAUUCAAUUAACCUUACAAUUCAAUAUCUACAUUGUUACUUUAUUUAUACUUUAUCUGUGAUUUUGUACAUGGCGUUAGCUACACUGUUAGAUUUGCUGUAGUGUUGAGAAUUUUAUAUCAUCUAUUUUUAUUUUUUUAUGAAUGAUCUGACAAUUUUACCCUCGGUAAGAAAGACUUAAUUAUCUUGAAAUUGUGUUUGUCAAAGGAUAUAUUACUAGGCCUAUGUAGUUUAUUGAUUUUUUAAAGAGAUUUAUUUUUUUAUGAGGUGAAAUGUUUGGAGGUUUAACAUUCUCGAAGAACCCAGCGUACCGGUACUUAUAAGAAUAAGCGCCUACUCUGUCAAAGCAUUCUACUUAAUUCUAGUUUUUUUUUUGGUUUGCUUUAAAAUAAAUUGAUUGCUUUAUUCUGUUUGUUUAAAGCAUCACAUGUGAUGAAAUAUACAUUGUUAAUUGAACAAAACUAUUUUAUCAGGUUAACAAAAAACACUUUUACUUAAAGUCAUUCCUAUCGCAGUACUUAUAAGAAUGUUUUAUACUGUAAAGUCAUGUGCCUUAGUUUAGUAAUUUUGUAAAGUUUUAUGGAUGAAAUCUUGAUAUUGAAUCUUAUAUAUUACAGUUAAAGAUAUUAUUAACAUUUUAUGACAAGUAAAAUAAGUGAAUUUUGUUUGUAAAUAAAUAGCAAUAGUAUAUUUUGUAUUUCAUACUUAGCUGUAGAUAAUUUAUUUACAGAUUUAAAUAGACAACAUUUUAGAUUUUUUUUAAGCAUGGCUUCGACUGUGACACUUAAUAUCACUAUUGUUGAGCUGGUCUUAGGCACGUGUGGAACACAUUUUUGUCGUACUUCAUAAGCUGUGGCUGAGCAUUAUGUAUAUUCAUUUGUCAAUUUAAAAAUUGCAAGCGUAGAUACACUUGCAAUGACCUCAAUCGAAUACAUGAUAUUGAAUCAAAAUUUUGUGAAGUCAAUAAUGGGUGUCCAGCCGACCUAUAAUCGGGAAAAUAGGAAAUUGUUUGUGAAUUCUUAUGAACUGCUAGAAAAAGUCUGUGUUUAUACAUACAUUUUGUAUUGGACUAGGAAAAUUUAGAUUUGGAAUAAUUUGCUAUUGACGUCAGUCAAUAAUGUUGACGUUUUGGAAAAAAAAACGCAAGUUGCCAGGAUUAUAAGAAAUUAUAUAAUUUUGGCUGUGAUUGCUAACGAUUAUCUCGGUUGUUGCCUCGAUCAUGAGAUAUCUUAAAAAUAGUUACCAUAAUCAAUGGAGAUAAUCACAAAUGUUGCCGAAAUUGCGGGAAUUUAUCAUGGGUGUUGAUUGCACAAGAUGCUCUUAACGUUGCUUCUAUUAUGGCAUUAAGACUUUUGAAAGUCAAUUUUAAAUUUAGAACUGGUUCAAAACAAAGUAAAUAACAUUGAUUUUAUUAUCAUCAUCGAAUAAGAUAGGGACACCACCUAGGUGUGUAUUUUUCAUUAACCAGGACCAUUUAUUAACACGUACGGCUAUCGCAAGCCUCACGCGGCCGGGUCAGUACUGACCCAAAACCCACACUGCAGUGCAUCAAUCUGUUGCUCAGUGUGAGCCUAGCUUCGGUCGAAGCUAUACCACGUUAGAGUGUAGUGCGUGACUGUUAGUUGUGGUGUAGGUUGGUAGUAAAUUUUCCCGCAAAAUCCCUGUUUGGCAAGAAAUUGACUGUUGGCUUAGAAAUAUACUAGUUGUGUUGUCUUUCUCCCUCCAAUCGGCAAUACAAUGGGACCGGCUAUGUUCCAAGCAGUGCUGCUAUCUGUGGCUGUUUUAGCGAACUACGUUGACUUGUCGUAACGCAGUACAUCACCACACAUAAUUUGCUAUUCAUCAGACCGAAAUUUGUAAGCCAAUCGCCCGGCAAUCGAGCUUGCUCGACGCUGUGCCACACCAGGGAUAUGCCCGCCAUUGAUGGGCCGCAGCGAACGCGUUAAAAGCUUAGUGAUCAAGGGCAGCUGGGCCCAGUUUCAAACCAUCUAGGAUAAAUUGUAGGUACACUUAAGCUAAGAUAUGAGUGGUAUUGACUAUUAUUGAAAUGUGUUAUUUCUGAACCGCCAAGCUUUAAAUAUUUUAUAAACAAAGUGCCAAAAGACUCAAGUUAGCCAACAAAUCAAAUCAGGGCCAUUUGUUGAUAAAGUUGAAUAUUGUUACAUUAUCAGAUCACAGUUUAAGUCUUUUUCUAAAUAACAUUGGAAUCAUAAAAUAUACGAAGGCUGUCCAUAAAUUAAGGUAUCCACCACGUUCCCUUCAAAUCUAAGCAAUCUAGUUGAAAUGAGGUCAAAGUCGUGUUUCUUGAAGUCCAUUGACAGUUAACAGAGGAGUUUGGAUGAGGUCUUAGACAUUUGCACAACGUUUGAAUCAGUGGUUGAAAUUAAGGGAAUUUUGUGUGUUGUGAAAGAAUGAGAAAGAUUGUCAAACCAAUAACACAGUAUAAGACCAUAAAAGGACUAUGUCAGCCCUGGGAGUCUGGAACACACCGGUCAGCAAGUAAAGUUUCCUCAAAUUUAAUCACUGUAUCGAUGGAAACCGACAGUUGCUGUCAACUCCCUAAUCCACUUUGCAUUUUUUGUUUUGUUAAAACACUUUUCUGCAUGUGCAUAUGUAAACGGGCAACCCGGCGACCGUAAUCAACGAGGAUUGGCCUUUCCUACGGACACCAAAUGACAGUGAUUGGUACUUGGUGGGCAUGUAAAUUUUCUUUGAAUAUGUUUUUAAAUACUAUAACAAAACACAAUCAUCCCAUAGAUAGAAAUUGGUUAGAAUAGAAGUAGACGAAGCAAGGAACAUGAUGAUGGUCACAGGUUUCGACUAGCUUGCCUGGCUUGUCGAUCUUGACCUUAUUUUAUAGACAACCGUCGUAUAUAUUUAUAUAUAUUAUAUUUACAGCGGAAUCUAUAUGUAUCUGCUGUUAUUGAAUGAAAAUGUAAAAAAACUUUUGUCAGGAAUUAGAAAUACCUAGAUAUACUUUUCUUUAGAAUCCUAUUUUAAAUUGAUGUAUUUUUGUAACUUUACUUGUUUCCCUCCAAAUGAUAUUUACAAUAUUCAUGACAAUGGGUUUUUGAUAUUCCAUUACUUGAUUGUUUUGUGCCAAUCUCGCAAACCUAGCGGACCAAAUUGUUGUAUUUAUAAGUUUGAUUUUACUCUUUUAGAGCAAUGUAUUUUUAAAUAUGACCUCACCUCUUUAUAGAUCUUGUUUUGUAAAUAUAUAAGUCACCAAAAUAUUUCAAAUAGUGUUUUAUAUUGCAAAAUGAAUUAAUUUAAUUUGUGCCUUGAAUGCUGCCUUGAAAAGUAUUUUUUAGCUUUUGUAAGCAUAUUUCUUAGUAAUCCUAAACCUACUUAAAAUAAACUUUAUAUAGCCUAUGUGAUGUGGAAACUGAAAACGUACCUCUUGUCAGCUAAGUAAAAUUUUCAGUACGACCAAUAUAGGGGAUGAAGAUAAAAAAUAUUGAAGCUCGAGUUUUUAUCAACUUCUAUAAGUUACCUCAUUUAUCAUUGAACUUGCUAGUAUUGGUUAAAAUAUUGAAUUGAAGUUGUAAAAGGAUGUAAUAAAUAAUUUUGUUAACCUCUGCACGGUCUGAGAAAAGGUACCUCUUGUUGCUCAAUGUUAUCUCGCCAUAACGACAAGAGGUCUCUAAUAUUCACUUUAUAAACAGACUUUAGUCCAAAAAAUAACUUCCCUUCAUUCUAGGGGAAAUUUAGAUAACCAAAAUAAAGUUCAGUUUAAGGAGAGCAAAAUAUCUCACAAAUGUUGCGGUCCCGUCCAGAGGUAGGUACCUUUUUUUACGUUAUGGAGAAAAAGUAUAGGGCUGAUAAAAGGGUAUCUUUUCUGAAAGUAAAUUUUUCAACAUGCUUUGAUAAAACAAUUAUUUUCAUGAAAACUACGGUGAGUUGAAACAAAAAUUUGUAUUGCCUUAAAAGUGGACAUAUGACCCUUUUUCCUAACAAAAUUUCAAAGUCCUAUAACUUAAACAACAACAAAAUCAUAAAUUCAUGGGACUUGCACCAAGUGAUUUGGAAGUUAAUAAGGAAUUAAAAAUAUACAAACUGAAAAUACAAAAUUACCUUUUCCCUUUCCACAUAGUUUAUUUUUAAUAUUGGCAGUUUACUUAUUUCUUGUAUUAGUUUAUUCUUGUCCAUACUUUAAGCUGCGUUGUUUGUGUCACACAAAUGAUUGUGUGCACUAAAACAGAACUGUUGUAUAUUUGUGAAUAGUUUUCUGAAAUAUUUCAAUAAAAGUGUGACCAACCUAAAAAUAGUAAGAUACGGUAAUACAUAUACUGCAAUAAAAACAUAUUUACCCUAUGACAUAUUAUGUGUAUGUUUGUUUUAGCUGUAGUGCAAUACAAUUUUACAUAGAUUCCAAAUAUUAGUUAAAAUAGUAUUAUUUUAAUUACGGUACUAAUAAUAACUAACCCUGAGGAAUAUUUUUUGGAUAGAUAUUUUGUUCAGUUGCAAAAGUGUAGGCUACAUUGUUAUAUACUUGGAAAACAUGUCUUCCUCAUUUGUUAAAUAGCAAUAGUUAACCAAAAAGUGUUAUUAACACUCUAAUUUCAAACUUAUUGUCUAACUGUGAUACAAAAAUAGUUCAAAUGGUACAGUAAAGCUUGUAGUGUUUUUAAGCGAUAAUAUUCGUCAAAACAAACAAACGUAAUACGUUUAAGUAGUUUGGAUACUGUAAUUAAACUUGUAGUUUCACAGGAAUAGUCCACCCUAUAUCAAUAGCCUACUGUAGUAAGAAUGACAUUGAGUACCAAUUCAACCACUCAAUAUAGGUUUCUUGAAUCUUUAAAUACUAAAAAGCUUGUUUUUGUACAGUAGGCCUACACACCAGUCAUUUCUAUCGUUACUCUUUAUUUUUGUUGUUAAAGAAUACAAUUUUAGCAGUGACUAUCAGUAUUAAACUGAAUAAAAUUAAAACCCCCUUGAA